AUGGGAUCUUUAAUUCAAACAUUUCGUUUUAUACGUUAUAAAAUUGAUUAUUAUUAUGUGGAUUAUAAACAAAGAUAUUAUAGUACCAAUCGAAAUCCAAGAAUAAUUCAAACCAAAUUACAAAAUAAACAAUUGAUAUCAUUAAGAACUUUCCCAAAGGAUAAGUAUUUUACAAAACCAGGUGAAUAUCUUAUGUUAGAACCAAAAAGUUGUGAUGUUCAUGAAUUGCCGCUAUCAUCCUCAUCUCCUUUGGAACCAAUUAAUGAAAUUGCAGGUGAUGUGGUAUCAUUUUUAAGUUUUGAUGAAACUUUUAUUCAGAGUCAUAAUAGAAAGAAUAGGAAAGUUGGAGUUUCAUUACCCACUACUGAUAUUCGAAUAAAUAGUGUACCUGAUUUAAUGUUUAGUAGUAAAAAUAAUGCUCAUCAUAAACCAUCAACAUGUAUUUGUGAAUGUCAUGAAAAUAAUGUAUCACCUCUAGAAUCAUUAGAAUUGGUUAAAUCAAAUCCAAAGGAAUUAAAACAACCCAAAUCAUCGAAAGUUAGAGAAAGAUUUAAACGAUAUAUCAGAAUUCCAUCUAAAUCUACUCAUCCAUUACCACUUAAUGAUCCACCUUCAAACAUUGAUAGUAAUAUCCAUGUUCCAAUUGAGUUAGAUGUGGGAAUGGGAAUGGGAUUAGAUAAAGAAAAGAAUCAAGAUAAUAAUCCAUUGUUACUUAAAUUAGCUGAUUCACCAAUUAAACUUUCAUCAUCAUCAUCAUCAUCACCUUUAAUAUCACCACAACAACAAUUUUAUUCAUUAGUAUCAAAAUUAAGUUCAUCAAGUUUAUUACCAUUUGGAAAUGAUAGUUCUGAAUUAAAAGACACCAGUACAAUUAUGCCUAAAAGUCCAAAAGUAUGGAAAACGGUAUUAAAUGAAGUUUCAUUAUCUGCCGCUCGAAUCUCUACUGGUAGCACCCCAUCUCAUCUUAUAGAUUCUCGCAAAGUUAGUGCUGAUUUUAUUGAUGCAAAAUCAUUAAAUAAUAAUGAAAAUGAACAAGAGCAACUGGAGACUGAUUUAUUUGCGGUUAAUUUGGCUCAAGCUAAAAUGAAGUAUAAUGCCAUUAUAACAAAAUCUAAUCAUAAUAAUAAUGUAAAAAUGUCUACAUUACUUGAAAAAAAUGGUGGAUUUUAUCAUCAUUAUUUAAAUAGAAAUGGUGGUCAAAGACAUGGUAGUAAUACCAGUGCUGUUACUGGUUGUGGUACAGUUGCUAUGGGAGAAUUAUAUGGUGAUAAUGGUAUAUUAGCUAUGUAUAAUGAUUCUGAACCUGAAGAUGAUUAG